ACACCAACAUGUCCAUGCAGUCUGACAGUAGAAAACCCGUGACCGCUGGGAUGAAAAUGUCUCAUUCAUGAAUAUAAAACAUCGCAAAUGUUUCACUUUAUUAAAAUAGAGUGCUUGGUAACUAUUUAAUCAAAACCAUGGCUCGGGUUGUGAAAGUGUUUCGCACUCUGCGGAAUAACUGGAAGAAAUCCACAUUUGCUGUGUGCGUCUUGUCUUAUGGAGGCUACUGGCUGAAUGGUAAACACAGUGACUCCCUACUGCGGAGGGAGGCCUGUCUAUUGGCCAGGGAGUUUGGGCGUCAACAAAUAGCACCACAUGAGCGUCUGAGGAAAGCAACAGUAAUUUUGAACCCUGCAGCCUGCGGUGGGAAAGCCAACAACCUGUUUGAAAAGAAUGCUGCUCCUAUAUUACACCUGGCUGGUGUGGAGGUGACAAUAGUAAAGACAGAUUAUGAGGGCCAGGCAAAAAAACUGAUGGAGCUUGCAGAACAAACAGACAUGCUGAUCGUGGCCGGAGGGGAUGGCACCUUGCAGGAAGUCGUCACAGGAUUACUGCGAAGGCCCGAUCAAGACACCAUCUGUCAGACACCCAUUGGAUUCAUUCCACUGGGCUCCCGCAACUCCCUGAGUCCGAGUCUUCACCUCCUCAGUGACAACAAGGUCAAAGACAUUACAUCAGCAACACUGUCCAUAUUGAAGGGAGAAACUGUUCCUCUGGAUGUGCUGCAAAUCAAAGGGGAGACAGAGCAGCCCGUCUUCGCUCUGAUGGGAUUACGUUGGGGUGCUUUUAGAGAUGUGGCGACAAAAAUCAGCAAAUAUUGGUACCUUGGACCACUGAAGACCAACGCAGCACAUUUGUUAAGUACUCUACAUGAGUGGCCCCUGGUCCGGGAGGUCUCAGUGUCCUACUUGGAUCCAAACCUGCGGCCCCCUGAUCUGUCCCCUCAGAAGCCCCAGAGACCCAGCCUGCUGUACCGCAUCUUCCUCCGGCUGAAACACCGCUGGAGCCCUCCUGUCGUAGAGCCUCCAAAAGUGGAAGAGCCAGAGGAGUGGAAAGAGGAGCAGCUAUCGACGCUAGAGCUGUUUGUUCAAACAAACAACAAAAACCCAGUGCAGAGGCGUAUAAAUGACUCCAUGAUGAUCUACGCCGAACCAGACAACCUCACAGUGAGCGAGUACAUCACUGUCGGAAACAAAAAAGACCAGGACCCCACCGUAUUCACUAAGGAGUCCACUAAACUGGAAGCCAGUGCUUGCCGGCUGCAGCUGCCAGAGGGUACCGCUGGCUUUUACAACAUCGACAACGAGGAGUACGAGGCCAUGCCUGUAGAGAUAAGUCUGUUGCCACGGAAACUACGCUUCUUUAUCAGUGCGGAGCGCAGGGAGCAGCUCCUCGCACAGAUGCAGUGAUGGAAAAAUACAUCACAACAAAGAGAAGAUAAGAACAGACGGAGACAAAAACUGAUCUCAAGAGAAACACAGGAGCAAAGAACCGCCAGACACUCUGAGGUUGUUUGGAAAACAGAUGUCAUACUAAUGGAUUAUUUUACUACAUGUAAAUUAUGAUAGAAUAUACAGUUUAUCAAUUAUAAAGAUCACAUUACACACUGUUGUGUAUAAAAGGACCAAGGCUUUGUUUCUUUAGGCCAGUCACCUGUGUACAGAUUGACCUGAGGAACGGACGUUAUGUUUACUGAAUGGUUUACUAAUGCCAUCACAUUUCAACUUGGUCAAUAAAAAUAAUUUCUGUCCAA